AUGGAGAUUGACCUUUCACUUUUUGUGAUGAUAAAUAAUAUUGACGAUGAAAAGAAUAUUUGGUUAUGUCGUCAAAACCAGUUAAAAAUUUGCUAUAUGAUACCUUUUAUGAAGCGAAUAUCAGCUGACGUCAAUGAUAGCAACGAUUGCGCAUCGCAUCACGAUGAUCAUGCUGGAAUACUUGUAGAAGCGGAUGAGCAUUAG